AUGAAACUUUUCGCUAUCUGCGCUGGUGUUGCUCUUGCCGUCGACUGCAACGAUGGCAACAACGGUGGUUGCUCCCACAGUUGCAAAUCUGGUGUCUGCGAGUGCCCAACCUGCUGGGUCCUCACCGACGACGACAUGACCUGCCAGCCCGAAGCCGGCAGAGCCUCCAUCUCCUGCAGCUCUGCUGGUAUGUCAAUCUCUGUCGAACCAUGCGUCGUCGAUCCCGCUAGCUCCAUCACCCUCGUUGACAACACAUGCGCCGCUGUCACCGACGACGAUGGCAACUACAAACUCGCCACUGCUCUCGACGAGUGCGGCACCGAAUACGUCGUCAACGCUGAUCAGGACAACGUUGUCUUCUCCAACAAGCUCAUCGCUGGCGCCGGUCUCCGAGACGGCAUCAUAGUCUCCCGACCACUCGCCAUGGCCUUUGAGUGCGAGUUCUCUACCUACUACGAAGACGUCCAGCUCAACUACACCGCUGACGCCGGCCUCGUCGAUGUCUCAUUCGACUUCGGUGAUGAGCAGCCCGAUGCCGCUUUCUUCUCCUAUGGCCUCGAGUUCUACACUGAUGACAGCUACGAUACCGUCUUUGAUGUCGAGAACGACGUUGUCGUCGUCGGUAACACAAUCUACGCCGCUAUCGAGAACCUCGUCCCUGUUGAUGGUCUCGUUUUCACCAUCGAGUCCUGCACCAUCACCGACGAUUCCAUCGGAGCUGAAUUCGCUCUCAUCGACGGUCAGUGCCCCAACUCCAUCGUCAGCGGCGCAGUCGACAACUUGUCCGAUGCCGAGCAAGUUCGAUUCAGCUUCAUGUCCUUUCUCUUCCCAGGCUCCGGCGAAGAGUCCGUCUUGAACUUCUCUUGCGAGGUCGUCGUCUGCGACAGCUCCGCCGCCGAUACCGUUUGUUCCACCGACCCCGGCUGCACCGCCCGAAAGCGACGAUCCGCUAGUGCCGAGGAAGCUUAUACUUUCACAGCAUCGAAAAAGGUUACUUUCAGAAAGUAA